UUAAACUUAAGCGUGAGAGUUGAGACCAAUGGAAGUUGAAGCAAUCUCCAACGAGAUCGUCAAACCCUCUUCUCAAACUCCGGAAAAUCUCCGCCGUUACAAGCUCUCUUUCCUUGAUCAACUAUCACCCAAAGCCUAUAGUCCUUUCAUUUACUACUAUGAAUUAGCAGACCAUAACACUAAUGAGCCAAAUUAUAUCUCGGAGAUAUCCAACAAGCUUAAGAAAUCUUUGUCCCAAGCCUUAACCCUUUACUAUCCACUGGCCGGACGAUUUAUAGACGACCAUUUCCUCGACUGCAACGACGAUGGAGUUCCCUACUUUGAAGCUCGAGUACUUUACACCGAACUCUCCAGCGUGCUCGAGAAUCCGAUCCCAUGUGAACUCAACAAGCUUCUUCCACUCGAACUCGACGAAAUAGCUGAAUCUCCCCUCGGCGUCCAACUCAAUGUCUUCGAAUGCGGAGGAAUCGCCAUUGGCCUUUGCUUUUCCCACAGACUUGAGGACGCUUUGUCAUGUCUAGUGUUCGUCCGAAGUUGGAUGGCCAUUGCUCGCGGAGAGAAUGACGUUGUCAUGCAACCUGAAUUUAUCUCAGGAGAUCUUUUCCCGACGAGGAAUAUGCGCGGGUAUGAUCCUACAUUCUCCAUCAAAAAGAAUAUGUGCACUACAAACAUAACAAAGAGGUUUGUGUUCGAUGCUCGGAAGAUUGAGGCUCUCAGGGCAAAGUACGAGGAAAGAAAAAGUGAGGAAGGAAUAAUAAACAAUCAAAACGUCCGAAAUUGGCGCCUUUCACGCAUUACCGUGGUGUCCACUUUCCUAUGGAGCCGUUUCAUGGCUGCAACAAAGUCACUUAAAUCCGAAGCUGGAAAAAACUAUGUCAUUCUUCACCCGGUGAACAUCCGUACAAGAUGUGAUCCACCAUUGGGAGAACAUUCAUUCGGAAACUACUACACCACCGCCGCAACAGUCGGAACCAUUACAAGUACUUGUACUGGGGAAGAAUACUGUUACGGCCUGGCGGGGAAGAUAGGAGAAGAGACAAGAAGGAUUGACAAGGAAUUUGUGAAAAAAAAUAUUCAAGAAAAGGGAGAUGAGUUGGUGGAGCAUAUCAAGAAAGAUACCGAAAGUUUCAUAAAAGAAGAGGUAGUUGGGUUAGUCAUAACAAGUUUGUGCAGGUUUCCACUCUAUGAGGCUGACUUUGGAUAUGGUAAGCCCACAUGGGUGAGUUCUGCUGCCAGGGGUUUUAUUAACCUAAUUUCUCUUAUUGACAACAGAGCUGAAGAUGGAAUAGAAGCUUAUAUUUGCUUGAAGGCGGAAGAUAUGGCCAAAAUUGAAGUUGACAAAGAGUUUCUUGCCUUUGUGUCUCCAAAUAUGGCUGCUCAUGUGAAGACUGCUAAAAAAAAAAUGUCCAAUAAUUAACGCGGGUGUGUUUUGAUCAGUUUAUCAGUUUAGUUGUUUUGGUUUGAUUUUUUUUUU